UGCUUCAGUGAUCAGAUCAAAACGGUCGUUCAGGAAAGAUAUUAGUCAAAACUAGUCAGUUGUUGCAUAUCUACAGCAGGAGCUCGGUAGAUUCUCUAAUAUUUUUGCUUUACGUGACUAAAAAUUGCGUAAAAUGGCAUCGGCAUUACUCAUCAUCAGUUUACUAGUUGUGUGCCUAACGCUUGUCCGCGCUAAUUCACCAGAAGCGAACACUGAAGAUGGAACUUUGGAAGGUAAUCCAUCGGCACAGCUAAAGCCAUUGGAUCCAAUAGCUGGCACGAAUCUGUUUUUCAAUUUACCGUACCGAUGGCUCGACGACACAAAGCCCGGCUGUUUUGUGACUUGGUUUUGGGAAACCUUUCAGGACACUCGGGAAGACAAGAACAGAGGAGUUAGCCUUGCGUGUAGUAAUGUCGAUCAGAAAUGGUACGACACUACGAAUUCGGAAUGGAUUUUUCAAAAGCCAGAUCCGAAUGUGAUGAAGACCAACGGAGACAUUGCAAUUAGGAAUAUUGGAUCGGGAUUCACGCUCGAACGUAUAAAUAGUGCUGGCACGGAAUGGGUAGCUGUGGAUGGUCAUGCUCUUAAAGUGAAAUAUAUGAUGAUACCGUGGGUAAACAAUCAUCUUCCCGACAUUCACACAUGGAAUGUUCUAGGUGAUCCCAAAAAUAAGCACCGCGUGCAAUUGGAAAUUGACGGUUUCACAUUGGCCCAACACGAACUUCCCAAUCAUCGAGCGUAUCUGUAUGUGAAACCUGGCUUUGACGCAGGUUAUCCGUACACAUUUGUCCCUACAAUCGAACUGGAAUUGCACAUGGAUAAUUUCCAAUUUGUUCGGCCAAUUGGAGACGAGCUGGCCAAACACACCACUGAAAAGGCGCUGAUUGACGAAUACACGAUAAACAAUAACAGUCCGGCAAGUUUGAGACGAGCGGUUGAAGUGUCGCAGACAAUCAGAAAUGAGUUCUCCUGGGGUCUAUCCCAGUCAAUAAAAAAUGCUUUGAAGGUCAAGGGCAAAGCGGGAAUACCAUUCCUGGCUGAAGGCGAAAUUGAGAACACCUUUGAGGUGGGAUUUGAAGCGAACGAGAACUGGAAAAGUGGCGAGGACAAAACGUUCAAAAUGUCCUACGACGUCAGUGUGCCGCCAAACAGUGAGGUAAAAAUAUCGGCGUGGUACGAUCGGAUAAACGAUCUACGUAUGGAUUACACGGCGAGAGCCGAAAUUACCGGAAAGACGAAAAGGAUAACCGUAUUCGAUGAUAUUGUUCAAGAUGUGGCGGCUACUGGCGACAUGAUCCGGAAACAGCUUGAGAGUUCGGGCUUCGACGGAACGAUUCUUGAAACGAAAAACGAUCGUCUUAUUGUACGGGUGAAGGGUUCGAUGGUUGCUACAGUUGGUGUUCGCGGUCGAUUGAAUGUGAAUGGAGAGACUGUCCACAGAUCGGACCCAGUUUGAUGAAACAAAUCAAUUUGGAUUUUUUGUUGUCCAAACGUUUCCACUUUUUUCGUGAAUAAAAAAGGUCAUUACCGAACGACUCCCUCA